GAGAGGGGUCUCGGGUGCAAAGUUUUCUCGCCCGGCGCCUGUGCGGGAAGCGGCGGCGGGGAAGGGGCCGCUUCUCUGCUCUCUCCUCCGCCGCCGGCCGAGGGGCUGGGGAGGGGAGGGAUGGCGGGCGCGAGGGGCCCGCGGUGGUGGCAGAACCGCCGCGCCCGGCUGCUGUGCAUGCUGGCGCUCACCUUCCUCUUCUUCGUGGUGGAGGUGGCGGUGAGCCGGGUCACGUCGUCGCUGGCCAUGCUGUCCGACUCCUUCCACAUGCUGUCGGACGUCAUGGCCCUGGUCGUGGCGCUGGUGGCCGUGCGCUUCGCCCAGCGCACCCGCGCCACCAAGAAGAACACCUUCGGGUGGGUGCGGGCCGAGGUGAUGGGCGCCCUGGUCAAUGCCGUCUUCCUCACCGCCCUCUGCUUCACCAUCCUGCUGGAGGCCAUCGAGCGCUUCACGGAGCCCCACGAGAUCCAGCAGCCGCUGGUGGUCAUCGGCGUCGGGGUGGCGGGGCUCGUCAUCAACCUGCUGGGGCUCUGCCUCUUCAACCACCACGGCGCGGGGGGACACGGGCACUCCCACGGCGGCAGGCAGCACUCCCGGGCCGCCACCAAGCCCCAGCAGCCCCCCGGGGACGGGGAUGCCGCCCUGCACCGCGAGGAGACCAGCACCUUAGUGGAGAACUGCAGCAGCUCCAACGGAGUCAGCCAGGACAAGCUGGGUGAUAUGAAAGACGACAUGACUGACCUGCAAGUGAAUGGGAAUGCUGGUCAUUAUCCUCUGGACGUAGAGGAGGUUGAAGAAGACUCUAGUGCACAGCUUAACAUGCGUGGAGUUUUUCUGCAUGUUUUUGGAGAUGCCUUAGGUUCAGUAAUUGUGGUAGUGAAUGCCUUGCUCUUUUAUGGGUUGUGGAAUCCAUGCCCUAAAGAUGGGCCUUGCUUUAAUCCAUGUGUCAAUAAUCAUUGCAUGGAAAAUGCUACUUUAUCCCAAACGCUGGGCAGAGCAAACAAGUCUGUGCAAGAGAGCAUCACAGUGGCUGGUCCAUGCUGGUUGCUAUAUUUAGAUCCCGUCCUUUGUUUGAUCAUGGUUUGUAUACUCCUUUACACAACUUACCCGUUACUUAGGGAGUCAGCCCUUAUACUUCUACAGACUGUUCCCAAACAAAUAGAUGUCCAUUCUUUGAACUCAAAAUUACGCACCCUUGAAGGAGUUGAAGCAGUCCAUGAGUUACACAUUUGGCAGCUAGCAGGCAGUAGGAUCAUUGGCACUGCUCACAUAAAGUGUCCUGACCCUUCCACAUACAUGAUGGUGGCGAAGCGCAUAAAAGAGAUCUUUCAUGAUGAAGGGAUUCAUGCAACUACCAUUCAGCCUGAGUUUGCCAGCGUUGGCUCUGAAUCAGGGAGAGGGAAAUGUGAGUUUCCUUGCAGGACUCAGUGUGCUUUGAAGCAGUGUUGCGGAACAGGAGAAGAUAGUACUGCGAAGAAGACAGAAAAAUCUUCGUCACUUAGUAUUUCUUGUUCAGAAGUUGUCAUUGAAUUUCCAAAAACUAGGAGGACUAAGUCGGAGAGCAUCCCCUCAGUUAAGCUAGAGGAAAACACUGAUCAAAACGAGCAGUUUGAAUCAUCUUUGUAACUCCCUGAAUGGUGCUACCUGAAUUUUGGUGACUUUUGACAACAACUGUAUUGCAAGAGGAAGAGACAGACGUUUGAAAUGCAAUUUUGCCAAGUAGUGUAAUUGCUGAAGUCCUUGUUCUUGUCAUAUUGCUAAAUCUAGAAUGCUUGUUUGAAAGAACAUAAUGUCACUGUCAUGAUACAAUGUGUUUGUGUUGACUUUGUACAGAGACAGACAGAAAGUGCACCAAUGCUGUAACAACUUUAGAAAACUAGUUUCAACAUUUCAGCAGAAACACUUUUUGCUGUGCUUCAGAUUGACAUAUUUUUUUCCAGUGAAAAGUCAUUUGAGGGAUAAGCAUGUAGGAACUCAAUUUGUGUUACAUAUUUCUUGGACCUACUCUUUCCUUUAAUAUUUGAUCUGUAGAUAUUUUAAUAUAUUGUUUAUUUAGAAGCCCUAAGGAAACCAAAGUUCAUAGAAUGUUUUUAAAGAUAUAACUACUUAAAACUGGAAACCACUUUGCAGUUUCACAUAUUUUUCUUAAAUCUAUAUAAUAAUGAAUGUGAAGGUUUUUCUAAUGAACUCAUCAUAUAGCGUUAUUUUAAAGAGAACAUUGUGAUUGUUACAAACUGUCCCCACUUUUUCUGGUAAGGUAGUGAGGUAAUUAAAAUCAACUGCUUUUGAAAAUAUCGGAUGCAAAGAGGUUUGUUUUUUUUUUCCUAUCAGAAUGGAAGUUCAAGCUACCCUAUCCAGGCCUGCGAUCAAGACCUGAGACUGACGGAUAAACUAAUGCUUACCUUCUAUUUUAUGGACUUCCUGGUGUUUUUCCUCAUUUCCAAGUUGUGUCUGGUCAUAAAAGUCUUCAGAGGUUAAAGAAUCCUUGACUACAGUGUUAAGAAUGAAAAACUGGAGCUUCAUUUUUAACUGAUGCUUGGUUUACUAAGCUAAAAGAAUUAGUUAUGUCAGUAAGUGCUCCAUCAGGGAAAGUCUGCCAAGCACCAGCAGUUUGUGCUCUUAAGCAUAGACAGUAGCCUUCAUAACAAGCAACUCAGUGGUGUAUUUUGCUUGUAGUUGAGGGUGUCUGUACGCACUUGCAGUGACUGCAGGCCUGGUCCCCAUGGUGUCCUCAGGAGCCUUCCACUGACUUUUGAGGAAGUGGGGCAGGAAGUAGGGUUUCGUUCACUGUAUUUCACACUUUAUGUAUCACGUAAUUUCACUUAUUAAGUAUCUGAAUCUAUGGUUUAAAAUGUUAACUCAGUUAAAUGACAACUGUCUCUAAAGAAGCUGUUACAGUAUACCGCCAACUUACACCUUAACAAGAAGAGGACUAGGGAAACUGGUCUAUGGACUCUGUGAAUUUGGCAGAGACUAGAUAAGAGUUGAAACCAUAUGAAAAAUCUAAUCUAAACCCCUGACCCUUUAGAUCCAACCUCAAGUUAUGUAUGGGAAAUAAUGUCUUUGUGAUUAAAUUGACUGCUCCAAUGCUCAGAACUGGAAAAACAACUUGGAUCUUCCAUUGUUUGCUGUAUGACUCUGGACACGAUAAACACUCUGCCUCGGUUUCCCUGUCUUAAAAUGGGGAUAAUACCUACCUCACAGGGGUGUUGUGAGGCUUAACUCUUGUGUGAAGAGCUCUGAGAUCUGUUACUGGGAGGCACUGGAAGGAACAUAAGAUACUAAGUUAAGUGGUAUUUACUCCUUCUACAAAUGUAUCAUGAUACCUAGGCACAACAGAGAGAACUGAGGAUAGUUUUGGCCUUAUGAAAUUCUUUCAUGCUGUGGUUUUCAGGUUUUUAACAGUAUUUAAAUGUAGAUUUUUUUAAAAAAAAGAAUGUUUUGUUAGUGAAGGGAAUGUAGCUUUGCCUCUGGAUACAGAAGACCUCGCUAGUUUGCAUUUCUAAUACGUGUCUCGUAUGAUAAUUGCUCCUAAGUAGUUAAAAAUAGUUUGCUGCUCGUUGGACCUGUGUCGGCCCAGGUCGUGCCAGUGGUCUUACUCAACUUCUCAGCAAAGCAUCGCAGUCAACUCUCGAUUAUUCACGGGUAGAUUACCAGUGUUGUUUAUUAACCAUGCGGUCUACGGGGCCAGACUAGCUCUGUAUCGUAUGCCAAUGCGUUGGCCAAAUGCUAUGUGCCAAAGCAUUGGAAAAGUAAAGGAGCUCAGUCCAGUUUCACAAGAGCCCGCUGUUGCAGAGUUUGUUAGCUUGGGUACAGUGCAGCACUGUGCAGUUAUUUUGCCUCUUGGCUGCUCAGAUGUAUCCACAGGAAGCCGUGGUGUGUGGAGGGGUUGGUUCAGCUUUUGUGCUAGCUUGCGGAUGUUGAUGCUUCACAGCCAUCAGCAUCACUCACCUUUUUCUGUGUUUAUGCUUGUUGUAUAGUCUCAUGAACUAACUUAAAUAUGUUAAUAUAGUAUUUAUAUAUGUUUUGUUUUGUCUGAAUUAUCUUAACACUUUCUCCUGUUACCUCUAUAUAAUCUAGAGUUGACUGUUGAGAUCUUGUAUGAGACUACAUUUGCAAGAUAUGCUACCACUGCUAGUAUACUACAAAGUAUUAACCAAGUAAAUUUUGAAAUGAACAAAGUACUGUUUUUUAUUUUUCUUUUUAAUGUGUGUCCUUGCUUUUUAUGGUACACUUUCACUAAUUAUUUUGCUUGCUAGUUUAAAAUCGGUCUCAGUCAUUAGUAUGAUUUGAGGUCCUGCUGUAUAUUACUAAUGCGCCACAGAACUACUGCUCUUUAAUUAAAAAAAAAAAAAAACAAGACAAACCAUAGUAGCACUGAGAAGCCUGACUUAUUUCUCUCCUGUUGCUCUUAUAAAAAAGAGCGACUCUUAAAAUUAAGUCUUGACAAUUACCACCGUUGGUUAACAGUCUCAGUAAAUGCAUCUGAAUAGAUGGAGUUGAAGUCACUAAUUCCGUUGUAACUAUUUAAUUUUUUUUUUUUUUUGUGCCAGAAGUCAUAUUUUUUUAUUUCCACGUCCAUUGCAGGCAAUGGUUAGCCUAAAAGACAAGCUCUCUCACAUGUUAUUUCCAGGACAGGGUGGAGAUGUGACGAUGGUGAUGAUGAUGGUGGUAGAAGGGGGAAUUGCAUGGCCUUUCUGUCUCUUAGCCCUUGAUUCCCUGAAAGGAUAUAGACAGGUCAAGGUGGUGGCUGUACAGCAGCAGAAACACAACUUUUGGGUUCGUCCUAGCUGUAUGAGACCCAACUGUAACCUGCUGGCUUGCGAUACAGCUUGAUUUUUUAUUUUUCUUUUUCACCUGAUCUGUCUGUGGUUGCAUAGACUUGACUUGUUCUGAAGAUCAUAGUUCCAGGAUACCGGAAGCAUUCAAAAAAGCUGUGCAGUCUCUUUUUUUUUUUUCCCCACAAAGCAUGAAACUAGUGAAUCUCAUGUAAGUGAACACUGCAGUGAUGGGCAGCUAAUUGUAUUGUGUAUCACAUUCCUGAAUUUUUAAAAUAAAAAAAUCAUGGAACACUGAUUUUAAGGAAAAAUAAGUUUGUCUAGAUUGUUUAUACUUCUCAUUAAGGGUGCCCGAGAUGUAAUAAACACAACUGGGUGAAAUAUUUUAACCUUGGUACAUGUCUGAACCAGAAACAUGCUAUUUUAGAAUCACUUUUUAGACUAUAUGUGCACCUAAGGGUGCAGCACAGAACUAAUUCAGACACUCGGUGGGCUAGCCACGGGACCGUGAAGCUUUGGUUUUUACCGGAGCAAAUUGCUUAUGUGGAACCCCUAUAAUUUUAGCUCAAUUACUUUCAACAUCCGCUCUAAGCUUGUGGUAAUAUCUGUUAUUGCUGCAUCAUGGUAUUCUGUAUGGGCAUACACAUAGUUAUGUAAAAGACAAAACUAGCCCCAGCUUGUGACUCCCCAAAAGUCAUGUCAAGGGCUCAGUACUGUAAAUUUCUGUAUUCAUGAGUAGUUUCGUCAGACUGACAAGUAGUUACUUGCAUGCAAGGAAUUACUUGUGGGAAUGAGUCCAAAGCUUCUGCCAGUACAGCCUGGCUUUUGAAGAACAGCUGAAAGUACCUAGAUUGUAUGUGUGUAUUAAAAUCAGGAGUAGGGUGGUGGUCCUAAAUUUUCUGCAGAAAUUCUAUCCGUGUGUUAUAAUCUUAAUCCUAGCAUUUGUUUCUUUUUCCUAUUGUCCAAAAAGAAUGAAAAAAAAGCCCACCAAGUGUCCUAGGACUUGUUAAGGAGUUUAGCUAUACUGGAGUUGCUGUUUGCUUCUGAAUUUGGACUGCCUGUGUUUAUUAAACACUACUCGGUGGAGUUAGGGGAGGAGGGAUAAAGAUUCUUGCCAUUCUCAUUCCCCUGCCCCCUGCUUUGGCUGCACUUCCUAAUCUCUUCAGCUAUGGAGAGACGGGGCGGGGGGUUGGGGGGGGGGGAAACAGAGGGGGUGAAUUUUGUAGCUAGAUGUUCCAAGUUCCAUGUGGAGAGAAUGGGUAAUGCUGCUAACUAUAUUUAAAGGCAUAUAGAUGUGCUCUAUUUUAGUUUCAUAGCAUAGCAUCAAUUACACCCUUUAUAGAUACGCAUUUAAGUUGUUCAGCUCUGUGGUAACUUCAGUUUUUUCUGUCUCUGCUGAAUGGAAAGAGGUGGAUGCACCAUCUAGCCUGAGCCAAAGCCAGUCUUGACAAUUUUCCAAAUGAAACGUAGCUUUGCUGAUAAUGAGAGGUCUGAUUAUUCCUUAUGACCUUUGCUUUGUGUGGUUAGCUGCCUGUGAGCUACAGCACCAUGUUUUAUCAGGCUUACAGUUAUAUUUUUUUUUCGCAUUUGCUGUGUUAUCAGAAUAGUUGAAGAGCAAAACCACAAUCCUGAAAAAUACUUUUAUCUAUAUGUCUCAAAAAAGCACGUGCAGUUAAUUUGCCUUCUUUUUUUUGUGUCCUGACUCCUGCUUCUGAACAAUGUUAAAAUAUAAUUGGCAUAGGUGGUGUUCAUUGAUGAUAGUUCUUUUUGCCUUCUUUUAAAAUAAACAAUAAUGUUCUUUUAUUUU